AUGUCCUACAAACACCCCCUGUGCUGGGCCGACGGAAAGCGGUCCGGGAGUUGCUCUUGGCCGUGCCACGGCGCGUCGCGGCCGGGCCGUGUGGCGGCAGUGAUUAGCCGCGCUCAGCACUGCAAUCACGCCUCUGUUGCCCGGGCGUCUGCUCGGACGCAUCGCCCCCGCGGCACCCCGCCCUCCCCCGCGCCCGAGGGCGAAUCUCCAGAGCAAACAGAUAAAAAAGAGCGCCGAACAACGCGCACGCCGUUAACGACCCGGCCCGUUCUCGACGCGGUGUGGGAAGAUUUAGCGAAUUUGAAUUUCGAUCGUCUCGAACGGUCCAUCCAUCAGCGGAAU